CACUCGCUAUCUUAUAGAUCUCCCACGGUUUCAACUGCAGGUGGUGCCAUGCCCGACAGCGACUCAGAGGAUGAUUUCAUGUCUGACAAAUACCUCGUCGAGGUUCCUCCAGGACCAAAAUCAUAUUCCUCUCAAAGACAAGCACAGACUCUUAAAUCUAUGCGAAAGGGUCAAUCCAAAAACCAAGUCCCUCUCCGGCAAUUGGAAGCUGAAAGAAGAUCUGAAGGACUCAACACUAGUUUAUUCGAUCGACUCUCUUCUCCUGCGUCCACCUCUCAAAUCGCCAAGGAUGUAGAGAAAAAUAAAUCAAUUGGCACAGGAGGAAACAAGGCAAUGGAAAUGAUGAUGAAAAUGGGAUGGUCAGUAGGGGAAUCAUUAGGAAAGAAACGUUCUCCAUCUCCUUCCUCGUCCAACACUAAACGGGUCAAAUUGGAAGCUCAACAAGGAGAUGGAAAUGUCUCUGAAACGGAGGAUGGUGUGCUAAGAGGAGGAAUAGGUUCGUCUAGUAGAUUGGUGGGAAUGAAAGAAAGUAAACAUAGGGUAGAGCCAAUAAGGAUAUCGAUGUGGGCAGGUAGAAAAGGUUUAACAGCUCGUGAACUUACUCCACCACCUUUACCUACUUCAGGUAGAGAUAUAGAUGCUUUACAUCCUGAAAAGUUACAGAGGUUAGGGGAGAGGACGGAAGAUUUCAGAGAAAGACAAAAAAGGGGAUAUGCGGAGAAGGAGACGGAAAAGAAGGCUGAGAAGGCUAGGGAAAAGUUGGUGGAGUUUGAUAAAGAGGUUGGGGUUAAAUUUCAUCCCCUUCACAUAUCUCCAUUCGACCCCUUGGGAACCCUUCCAAUACCAUUACUCAAACUCAUCUAUCCAUCUCAGAUCCCUCCUUCCCCCACUCAGUCGCUUCGUCUGAGUCCACUCGCAUCUCCUCACGAUGACACUUCUCGUAGUCCGUCACCCCCUUUACUCGAGAAUGCCAAAAUGUCCGACGCUGAAAGAGUGAGAGAACAAAUGCGACGCGAUAUGCUUAGUUCUUUACCUUCUGAUGAGAUCGAAGGGAUACCUUUUCAUCCACGGCAUAGUCCAGACCUUACAGAUGCCCGACAUGGAGCAGCGACCGAGGAAGAAGAGUGGGAAGGAAUAGAUUGGGAGAAGGAGGUACCAGGGUCAAAAAGAGUUUUGUCUAUGAAAUCCGAUGAAUACCCUGCUUAUCUACUCUCGCAAUUGAGAACGGAACAUCUGUUUUGUUUCUGGUGUGGAUACAAAUAUUCUUCGUUCGAAGAGAUGGACGGACCUGGUGGAUGUCCAGGGGAAGAAGAAGAUGAUCAUUAG